AUGUCAAAACAAACCAGUCAUAUGUCAAACUGAACUAUAGGCUUAAUAUUUAUAUCCUUGCUACUGGAUCUCCUUGCAUUUACUAUGAUUCUGCCACUCCUACCAUCGCUACUAGACUACUAUGACAAGCAAGAGGGUAACUCUAAUACUCUGUACACAUUGUUGCUUCAUGCAGUGCAGAGGUUUCAGAAGUGGACAGGUGCUCCUGAUCGUUUUUCGUCGGUCCUCUUUGGUGGAGCUCUUGGUUCCAUGUACAGCUUUUUACAAUUUUUAACAAGCCCCAUUGUUGGCAGUCUGUCAGACGCCUAUGGCAGGAAGCCCAUGCUCCUUAUUUGCUUACUUGGUAUAGCGUUAUCCCACGGUCUAUGGAGUUAUGCAAGUACUUUCAGCCUUUUUGUACUAGCAAGAUUCAUAGGAGGAUUGAGUAAGGCCAACGUGAGUCUGAGUAUGGCUGUAGUGACUGAUGCAUCCGAUGAAAAGACCAGGGCGAGAGGAAUGGCACUUGUGGGCUUGGCGUUUUCUAUCGGUUUCAUUGUUGGUCCUUUGGCGGGUGCUUGGUUCGCUAAGAACAACGACCUGUCUUCAGGUCUAUGGGGCGAGAGGCCAGCGUUGUAUGCACUCUCACUAUCACUAGCAAAUGUCGCUCUUGUCACAUUUUGCUUACCUGAAACUCUAUCAAAGGACAAGAGGGAACCCUUAUCAUUAUCACUCUCUAAAGCCAUACACUUUAUUUCACCCUUGCACUUACUAAGAUUUUCAGCUGUUAAGAAUCUGAGUGCCCAUCAAAACAAAGUAUUAUCUAAAUUAGGACUUAUUUAUUUUAUAUACCUAUUUAUUUAUUCCGGUCUCGAAUUUACUAUUACAUUCCUAACCCAUCACACAUUCGGGUACACUGCGAUGCAACAAGGAAAGAUGUUUCUUGUUAUAGGUGCGAUAAUGGCGGUCCUGCAGGGCGGGGCGGCGCGGCGGCUGGGCGCGCGGGGCGCCGAGCGCGCCGCUAAGAUGGCGCUGGCGCUCACCCCGCUGUCCUUCUUGUGCGUCGCGCUCGCCGCCGCGCCCGCCCCGCCCGCCCUGCCGCCGCUGGCCUGGCUGUGGGCCGGCCUGGUGCUGUUCGCUUUAUCGACGGCGUUCGCGGUGUCGUGCAUGACGGCGCUGGCGGCGGCGCAGGCGCCGGGUGCGGCGCGCGGCGGCGUGCUGGGCGCGCUGCGCUCGCUGGGGGCGCUGGCGCGCGCCGCCGGCCCGCUGCUCGCCUGCGCCGCGUCGGGGAGAGCAGGCGCAGCGCAUAAGGAAAACAUUCGGCUAAAAAAAGAAUUAGAACAGCUCGAAGAAGAAAACAAUAUGCUUAGAUUAAAAUUCGAAAUAUUGCUCGACAUGAUGACGGAUAAGACAGUUGAAGCUGAACAACAAGAAAUGCAAAGGGCUCAAAGUUUAGGAUCUUUGAAACCAAAGAGUAAAAAGCAAAAAUGAUAGUUGAAAAAAAAAUAGUUAUAAGUUAAUAAAUUAAUUACAAUAAAUUGCUAAAA